CAGCUGCAAGCACUAAAGGGCUGGCAAAGGGGGAGGCGGAGUUUUCAGCUGCUGUCGAGGAGCGCUGCUGGUCGCCUGGAAUAGCGAGGCGCCGAUUAACACUGGGCAGCGACCCUCCCUUGCUUCUGUUCCUGAUGGAGACUUUCCACCCCAGCCAGCUGGAGAAGCACCAUCACCAGUCCGUGGAGUUUUUGCAAGGCGCCAGCAGGUACGGGGCGAAGAGCCACGGCGCCCCCGGCAACGCGUUUAACUCGUGGAACGAUUACCUGGGGCUGGCCACCCUCAUCACCAAGGCGGUGAGCCACGAGAAGGGCUUCAGGACCGGGCCCUCCUCGGUGGUGGUGGCGGCGACCGUGCAGCAGGUUCAGGCAGCGGAGGAAGGGGAGGACGAGGAAGAAGACGAGGAGGAGGAGGACGAGGAGGAGGACGUGGGAACCCCUUAUUUCGAAAACUCCUUGGACCUGCACGACUUCGAUUUGUGCAACCACCACCACCACCACCACCACCUGAGCCACGGCGAAAGCCUGCUGGAGGAGCGCUUCGCCGACUUCAGCCCUUUCUCUGGCCGCUCCAGCCCGGCCUCGGUGGUGUUCAAUUGUGCCUCGGAUCACCUGGAGCGGGACCGCUCGCCCCACGCUUGGGGCGGCCGCUUGGUAGUCAACAGCCGGCUGCAGGCUCCCCCGAAAAGCGGCUCUCGGCUGCUGAAGCCGGAAUUGCAAGUCUGUGUCUUCUGCAGGAAUAACAAGGAAGCCGUGGCCCUCUACACCACGCACAUCCUCAAGGGUCCCGACGGCAGGGUCCUGUGCCCGGUGCUGCGGCGAUACACAUGCCCGCUGUGCGGGGCGAGCGGGGACAACGCGCACACCAUCAAGUAUUGCCCCUUGUCCAAAAUGCACGGCAGCGCCCCCAAGCAGCCGCUCAAAAACGCCAGGCACAUCCUGGGCAAGAAGCUCCGCUAGGGGGCGCUGUUAGAAGUCCGCAGGGUUUGGAUUCAAUUGGAGGGGGGGGAGUUUUGAGCGCGCGCGCGCCCUCUUCAGGAAGAAACAGACAUUUUCCUUUGGAGUUUUUCUUCAUUUUUUCCAAAAGCGAAUCUUUAAUCGAAUGAUGUCUCUUUAACACUUAAUAUAUUUAAACUUGGAGACGGUAGAAUGUACAGAGGAAAAAUGCUCUUGGUUUACGUAUCAAAUAAUCGAGUAUAGUUUCUAGUUUGUAUACAUAGUCGCCAGAGAAUCUGGCCCUGAAUUUAACUCUAUAAGAAUUAUACAAGUUUUAGAAGUCCUGUAUUUGUUUACUGUAAAUGAUAUCUAAUUUUUAAAUGGAAUUGAGUGCUUUUCUGUGGAUGUGGCUUUCCUUGAACAUUAAUCAUGGGCUGGAAGUUGAGCCACCCACUUGAAGAAAAGAAUGCCACAGAACCUGAAAAGAACCCAUUGAGCUGUUUGAGGUGGCAGCUAACAUACACAUGACCAAAAUGAAGAUUUUUAGGUAAUUUUUAAAAAGAGACAAGGCUGAAGGCAUGCCGAGGGGAAACGCAAUGUAUUGAACUGUUGUUUUGUUUCUAAUGAUGUCUUUGCUGUUUGUCUGUAAGCAGUAUUGGUUGUAAGAGUUGGAACUGGAAGUUACAGUUUGUUGGGGAAGGUGAUUUCUCAUGAUAUAUUCACUUUUAAUUUUUUCCUAUGUUUAAGUCUUAUUUGGAGUGUAUGCUUCCUCUUUUGGUUCACCAUUCCAAAACGAGUUUUCCCAAUACUCCCACUGCUUUUUUUUAAAUGCUGAUUCUCUCCCUGUAGCCCAACUGAGGAUAUUUUGUCAAAACUGAGAUACGCAGUGGAAGUAAAAAUGUUGCAGAGACCA